AUGUCCUGGCUUUUGGGCGAUCUGAAGAAACGCGUCAACGACGCCAAAAACACCAUUGAACAGAGUUUUCAGUCCGCUGCCAAUAAUGUUUGUUCAUAGAAUUUUGAGCUUUAAUUCAUAAAAUUCCAAUUUUAGAUGGGCGAUGAAGAAGAGAAAAAAGUUGUUGAGGAAAAAUCUGUAGAAGAAAAAGAAGAAAACAUUGAGCCCUCGGAAAAUGAGAAAAAUUCGGGAGACGCCAACGUCAAGAGCAAGGUCUCCAGCCUGUUCGGAGGUUUUUUAAAAUAUUUUUCAAACUUUUAAUUAUUUCCAGGAAUGAGCAUGAGUACAAACGCCUCGAAGCUGUUCGAAUACGCAAAGGAUGCGACAAAAAAACUGGAAGAGGUCAAGAAUGCCGUCAUCGAGAAUGUGAGUGGGGAUAUUAGCGGUAUUUUUUUCGUAACGGGUUGAAAAACUUUUUUCGAAAUUUUUCCGUGUUAAUGCUUAGCGCUGUUCAAAAAGUCCAUGAAAAGAAAUUCAUAGCACAAAAUAACCUACUAGGGACAUUUCAUUUCAAAAAGAGCCUUAAAAGGAAAUUUAAAACUUUGAACAACUUUUUGGCGCCUUUUUGGAAAAAAGGAUAGAAAUCAUUCUGAAAGAUGAUUGAAAGUAGUUUUUCAUGAAAAAAAGUGAAUAAGAGGAAAAAAAGAAUCCACUUAUUUUUUUCUAGGAGUACACAAUUACUUUCUCUAAAACUUUUAAGAAAGUAUUUUUGCCCUUUGAUCGUGUAAGCCGUGACCAAAGAGAAUCCUCGAAAUUAAAAAUAGUAGAGAAAGAAAAAGACAACUCAAUAUGUGAGUGCGGUAUUUCCUGUUUCGUAACCGAUUGAAAGAUAUUUUUUUUCCUGGAAGUCGCUCCCCAAUAGGUCUACGAAGACAAUUUCAAGAAUAGUUCAAAGACCUUGAAAGCGAGUUCAUAAUUUUGAAUAUACUUCUAGCGUCACCUCAGGAUUUUUUUAAAAAUAAAUGUCCUAAAAAAAGUAAAUUUGUUUCAAAUUUGUGAUUCAAAAACAGAAAAAAAUAGUUUUUGAAAAAAAGUGAAAAAUGAUGAAGUAAAUUCACACUUUCCUAGGAGCAUUUGAUACAGCAAGAAAAAAAUAUUCCUUCUUCAUAAUUUCUUUAAAAAAAUAUUAUUUGCUCUUUGAAGGUGUAUAAAAUGAACAUGUACUUCCAUUCUGCUGGGUUUCUUUUUUUAUUUGAUUUAUUAUUUUUUUGGCUUGAGAAAAAUCUUUCUUAAAGUUUUAUCAACAUCGAAAAAAAGGCUCGAAAGUUACCUAUAUGCACUUUUUUUGACGGUUUUUUUCUUGGAUUUUCGAAAUUUUUUUAAAAAAAGUAAUUUCAAAGAAAAAUCGUAUUUUUUUCAGACAAUGCUCGGCGAGCUGAACAAAGAGCAAAACGACUUUGAAAAUCAACUGAACGACGGGAAAAAUAAACAGCAAGGUUUCGAAAUAAUGUAUAUAAUUAGGAACGCCACAGUGGUCCCUAAAGGGGCUCUUGAAGGUUUUCCUGCUCUAGGGGGCACUAAAGCCUGCAAAAGUGGCCACUCUAGGGACACAUUUUGCAACUCUAUGAGUAGAAGCUUUUCCAUGCAAAAAACUCAUUAAAUUAGCACUUUUUGUAAAAAUAAAAUGAAAGGUCACUAUAGGGACCACUUAAGCUUAGGGGUCUAAGGGUUAGAUCCUAAAUCCCUAUAGGGACCACCUAAUUAGGAAACCCAGAGUGGUCCCUUUAGGGGUUAGGGGAACAAACAGCCCUCCAAAAGGACCGAAAAAGUGGUCUCUAUAUGGGUUUAGGGUCCCUCUUAUAGGGAUCACUUUUGGAAGCUUUAGUAGCCCCUAGAGGGGUUGUUUAAGUGAACCCCAUUAGGCCCCUAAGAUUGUCCCUAUAGGGACCACUCUAGAGUUCCUAAGGAGGGAGCUCUAUUGCGUCCCCUACAGGGGCUGUUUCAUUACGGACCCCUCUAGGGACCACUCUGGCGCUGAAGACGUUUCUGUACUCUUUCGAAAACGGGAAACUGUUUUUGAACUCAGCUGAUUCACGGCUAGUUUGGGACGCUAAGGGGGGCGUGGCCUGUCUGCGCUUUACACGAGCCAUCCACUAUUUCGUGCAUUUUCGUGUCAGGACCCUUGUUUCGAUGGCUCAAGCUAGCCCUGAAUCAGCUAUUACUUUUCUUUAACGUUAUAAAAUAAUAAUAUUUCACUUUUUCACAGUCGAACUCCCUUGGCAAGGGCUGCCUGACGAGAAUCUCGCCCGGAAACAGAUCAUGUCCCUUUCUUCUGUAAGUUUCAAUUCUCUUUUCGAAAAACAUGUAUUUUUCUCAGGACACCCGGAACUUUUUGCGCGACUCCCCCGGCAAUCUAGAAUUCUCGUUUGAUCAGCAACAGGCCAUGGCCGCGAUUCUGAUCAAAGAAGAUCCGAAUUUGGCCAAAGUCCGAUUCCAACUCGUCCCCAAACAGUUCGUUUCUCAUUUUCUUCGAGUUAAAGGCAACUUUUUGCCUUCAAAGUAUCCCUUUUUCUCUUAGAGUGGUCCCUAUAGGGGAAAGGGGGAAAAAUAGCCCCUAUAGCGGUUUAGGGUUUGAUCACUCAGCUCCAAAAGCCUAAGUGGUCCCUGAAGGGUUCAAACAAAGGAUUUUUUUUUCAGUUUUUCGCAUGGAAAGGAUUAAAAAAAAACUUUUCUUGUGAAAAAAGAAGCAAAAAAUUUUCUGAAUUACGCCGGCUUGAAUGUAAUUUUUUCGCUUCAGAGUGAAGGAAGACAACUUUUGGCGCAAUUAUUUCUACCGAGUGGGACUGAUCCGACAGUCGGCCCUGGCCCGUGCUUCCUCGCCGCCGCCACUUGCCGCCGAGCCAUCAACGAACCCUGAGAAGGUUGUCUAGAAGUUUAUUUUAACACGGAGGGUAAAGGAAAACAUUUUGAAGCCUUCAAACUUGUGUUUUUAGCGACUUGAAAUGAAAAAAGAACAGUAAAUGAUCUCAUUUUGAUUUAAAAAAGUCCAAAAAUCAUUCCUUAUCUUCCAUUCUUCAAAAAAAAGUCUCCAUCUGUUCUUGUAUUUAAAAAAAAACCUGUUAGGUUGUUAGAAAACUCAAUAUUCAUCCGUUUUCCCAGGAAACCGAGCUGACCCCUCAAAGCGUUGAAAAAGCCGAAGAAAAGGUCGAGGAGACGGCUUCAUCGGCCACGGGAAGCGCUUCAGAAGACAGUUCAGAAGAAUCUACGGGCAAGAAAAGCGACGAGGAGGAUGAGAUUUUCAUCUCCGAGCCUUACGGCGACGUUAAAACCUCCACCCUUCUGGGUGAGUUUUUGAGAUUCUUGGGCUUCUACUUCAGCUUUUUAGAGUUUUUUUUUCUAGGUUCUAGCACUGAAUUUUUCAGCUUUGUUGACAUUUUUCCUAGCUUUUGACCCUGAAAAUUUCAAUUUUCCUUCCCACUUUUUGUUCGUGAGGUUUCAGGUUAGUUAGAGAUUUUUUAGGCGUUUUUCUCUGAAGAUUUAGAGGUUUUCUGGCCUUUCACUUUGAAGAUUUCACCUUUUAGAUAUUUUUUUCAGCUUCUUAGAGAUUUGAGAUUUACAGUCUUUUCUAGCUUCUUCCUCACAAAAUUUAAGCUCUUUUUAGCCUUUUUUUUUAGCGUUUUUCUCUGAAGAUUUCCGAUUUUUUUGAACUUUUUUUAGCUUUCAGCUCUGAAAAGUUCAUUUUACCACUAGUUUUUUUUAAAAUUAAAAGCACGAGAAAUUUAAAAAAUCAUACUUAACAAUAUUUUAAGCAGAGAUUUUGAAAACCAUUAGAAAAUAGUUCAUAAACUUCCAACAUGUCCCAAAAAUGGUACUCUGUCGUUUUUCCAAUAUUUUUUGCAUCUUCAGAAAAACUUUUUUUUCAAUUUUCCCAAAGAAAAGCCUAAAAAAGGUGCUUGAUCCAAUAACCGAUUUCCGUUUCAGAUGACGAGUGGGAGAAGGAAAUCCUGGCCGAUUUGAACGAAUAUGAGGUCGUCGCUGAGAAGAGCUCCAAAGACGAAGAAGCUUGGGAAGCCGAAAUCCAAAAAAUCCUCUCUUCCGAAUAA